AUAGAGGAAAAAGCACAAUAACUGCUAGUGAGGAUGCUGGAUGGCAAAGUAGAGGAAGUGGCCAUUCAUAUAGUAGUUUGUCUGGGCACGCAACUGUGGUAGGAUUAGAAACUGGUAAAGUAAUUGCCUAUGAGACAAGGAUAAAAUCAUGUCGAGUCUGUGAAUAUGCCAAAACAAAAAGGUCUUCCUAAAACCAGACCACAUUCUUGUYGCAAAAACUGGACCGGGUCAUCAAAAGCUAUGGAGGCAGACAUGGUUGUUUCUAUGGUCAAGAACAUAAAUAAAUCAAAGACCUCAGGCGAUGAUGGUGAUGAAGACCCUGACAUGAACAAGAACAUAGAUGAUUCAAAGACCUCAGGCGAUGAUGGUGAUGAAGACCCUGACAUGAACAAGAACAUAAAUGAUUCCAAGAUAUCAGGUAAUGAAGGUGAUAAAGACCCUGGCAUGAUUGAGAACAUAGACGAUUCAAAGAUUACCAUUGGUGCUAUUGUAGGCGAUGAAGAUACAACCAUCACUGCWAGACUUAGAAAGGAAGUCAGCRAAGACAUUGAAAAGCAAUCUGAUGGAAACCACAUCAAGAAAAUAUUAGGUUCUCAGUUGUUUUCUUUGAAAGAGAAACACAAGCUAUCAGUCAAAACUAUAAAGUAUCUUCAAAGGCUCUUCACAUAUAUGGUAAAACAGAAYGCUGGAAACCCAGAAGCAAUAACCAGAGAUCUUGAUGCCUUGCACAAGCAUCCAUUUGAUGAUCAUUCUGCAUGUGGUUCAUGGUGCCAUCAUAAAAAUGGUAAAAAAAAGAAAUAUCCUUCUCUGCCUUAUGGAAGACCCCUAGAAGAUAGUGGUUUGCAAGAAAGUUUGGAARCCAUUUUCAUCAAGUACAAAUCCCAAGCAAAGAAACUAGCAAACAUGAAAUCAACUCAAGCCAAUGAAAAUUUGAAUGGUAUUGUUAGUACUAAGGCCCCAAAGAGACAACAUUAUUCUGGAUCAGAAAGCUUAGACUACAGGGUUAGUGCAUCCAUCUGUCAAAAGAACACUGGAUAUGAUUACCUAGUAGAGGUCAACAAGAAAACUGGACUUUCUCCAGGAUGUAAUACUAGAAAACGUGCAAAAUAUCUCAAUACCUUUAUGAAAAGAAACAAAUCAAGAAAAUCAUCUAGAGCAGUAAAGCUUGAACUAAAGGCCAAGAAACUAUCAUGCAAUCAAUCAAAUGAAAUACGGGAAGGUGAUACUUAUUCAACAAGUAUAGACUUAGUAACAGAAGAUCAAGAUGUUUACCAAAUACCCRAACCAGUAAUGAAACCUAAAGCUGAAUCUAUAAAAGACAUUCCUUGCUCAAGCUUCGUUUUUGAUAUUGAGACAACAGGACUAGGAAGAAAGAGYCAUAUCACACAGAUAGCAGCAGUUGCACGUCACUCAAGCAAAUCAUUCAAUUGUUAUGUUCUCCCAAAAAUACCCAUUCAAAAAAAAGCAUCUGAGGUGACAGGCUUGAAAUGCAUAAAUGGUCAACUAUUCCACAAUAAUCAGCUGGUGAAUGCUGUACCAAUAAAAGAAGCAUUAAAGAUGUUCACCAAUUUCCUUGGGGAAGACCCUGUCCUGCUCAUAGGCCACAAUAUAAAAGUCUUCGACUGCCAUGUUCUUGUCAAUGCUGCAAAAUCUUGUAAUAUGUUUGGAAAUUUGGAACAAGCAGUUGCAGGUUUCCUGGAUACGCUUCCACUGUUCAAGGAUACACAUGUCGGUUUGCAGUCAUAUAAACAAGAGAGUCUGUACAAUCAUGUAACUGGAAAGACAUAUCACUCACACAAUGCUCUUUGUGAUGUAGAAGCACUGAAAGAGCUGAUGGACAUUGCUUCCUUGCAAUCUAAUACUUUGCAGAAAUUUUCCUUCAAUUCCAAGUAUAUUAAGGAUUCCAUGAUUUUCUUUGAGCAGAGAGACAAGAAUUUGAGGUCCUGGUAUCCAAUGAUAGAAGGCAAAUUUGUCAGCAAAGGGAUGGCUGCAAAGGCUGCUGGUAGUGGUCUCACCUUAUACCAUUUGAAAUUGGCMCACAGAAGAAGGGGAAUCGAUGGGUUGGAAUCCCUUCUUUCUGAAAGAACACAGCAAGGAAGAGUUAGAGUUACUAAGAACUUAACAAUCGUUGAAAAAAUAGCGUCUUAUUUUGAUAGAUAAUAAGCUAAACUACAUGUAUAAGAUUACGACGUAAAAAUAUUUUAUUGAACAUGCUUAUAUUCGUUCAUAUCACCAACCCAACUUAGUCCCUAAUAUCACAGAAUUUAGCUAUGAUUUUCCAAACACAGCAAUCUCGAAAAUAUAAGUUUUGUAUCUCGUAUUAGUAAAUAAUAACAACUUUAUUUACGGAGGGUAGCACUAUAAAAUAGUGUGCGAAACUAAACAAACUUGUGGCCUUCCGUACUUGUAAGCUUAUGAUAGGCUUAUACUUAUUAACUUUCAAAUGAUAAAAAAAUCCACUAACCUUCUCUGUAAAUAAAAUCCARGUGACUUCAACAGCA